AUGGCGGCGAUAAGUCGGAUCUACCUCGGCGUUGUACUGCUCCUGGCCGUUGCAGCAUCGACGACGUCGCGAGUGGCGGCGUUUGGCCUACCGCGGGGCCUGAGGCCCGGGCAUUGCGCCUCCGUGUUCCGGACGUAUGACACGGCCUCUCCGUUCAUGUCGGGCAACACGACGGCCAUCCACAUCGGCAACACCAAGUCCUGCGUCGCCGGCUACGGGGGUCGGCUGGAUCCCCACACCGCGUACCAGUUCUGCAUCCCCUCCUGGGUCGCCUUCACAGACAACGGUACCCUCGUCGGCGAGGCCGCCAUGAACCACGCGGCCGUCAGGCCCGGCACGGCCGUCUCCGGCUUCAAGCGCCUCUUUGGCAUCAGGCAAGAUGGACGUUUUAGCAUGGUUGUCGAUCUUGAUUCUUUUGUUGAUAGGAUGUACAACAAGAUGGUAAAGAGAGAGGCGGAGCUAGUUCCGUACCACUUCACCGAGCAGCUGGGAAGAUGCGGCAUUGAGAUCGAGGAAGGCAACGUCAAGAGUUUCCUCCCCGAAGAUGUCGCCAGCAUCCUUGUAGCCGAGCUGAAGCGAACGGCGGAAGCGCAUCUGGGCCGCGAGAUCAGGUACGCCAUGGUCACUGUCCCCGGACACUUGAACGCUGCUCAACGGAGUUGGCUUGUCAUGGAAGCUGCCCAGUGGCGUGGUGGCUUCCGUACUGCCAAGCUUGUUGACGAGCAGGUCGCGGCGGCGGCUGCCUACCGCCUUCAUGAGAAGAGGGGCGACCGCAAGGUCAUCCUAGUCUUCCAUCUCGGCGGCCGCACGUGCCACGCCACCAAGUUUCGGUUCAAGGAUGGCUCGGCCCGUCUCCUGGACGAAUACCAUGAUCCCUAUCUAGGCGGUGACGACUUCACCGGCAGGGUUGUGGACUAUUUCUUGGAGCUGAUCCAGGAGAAGCAUGACCGGGACAUCCGUGGGGAUGAUGGCGCUCUCAGGAAGCUGAGGGCAGACUGUGAGAGUGCCAAAAAGUUACUGAGCGACCGAGAAGGCGUUCUUAUGAACAUCGGAUCGGUUCUCGGCGAGGCCGCAGAUGUGUACGAAGAGCUCACACGGGCCAAGUUCGAGGAGCUGAACCGUGACCUCAUGGAGCGAGCGAUGGAAAUCGUGGAGACGGUGGUGAUGGGAGGUGCUCCCAGUUCCCACACGCAGAGCCGCAAGGACGCCAUCGACGAGGUCAUUCUCGUCGGUGGAAGUGUGAGGAUCCCCAUGGUUGGGCAGCUCCUGGAGGACUACUUUGAUGGCAGGGGGCUAAUCAGAGACGAGGACGCAGUGAUCCGCGGAGCUGCUCUUCUGUCCCGCCCCGAGUCUGCUAGGUACGUGGACGAAUGCUACAAUGGAGGUGUCUCGGGGCCUCUCUGGUUGGCAAAAUAAACACACAAAUAGGAUAUGAAGGCAUAUGCACCUAGAUAUAUACUAGCAAAUAUGCC